AUGUAUAUGUCUUCAUUAUCUCCAAGACUCCACAAAGCAUACAAAGCUAGAUGUGUUAGCUUACCUGUUCGGUCUCAUCCGAGUGUUAGGAGGAUUCAAGAAGUGGUCUCCAGGGUUAGAGCUCUAGGGUCGUCUUCGUUAGAGUCGAAGACCAUGGUCCGUGAUGGUCUCUCUGGUCUCACCGAACUUUAUAGAUGUUUAAGUGAAGAUCUUUUCAAGUCUUCUUGUGAAACUCAACAAGCUCUUUUAAAUAGUGGCAUGAUGGAUGAGCUUCUUGAAGUGUCUCUGAAGUACUUAGAGGUUUGUGGAGGUGCUAAAGACGGUGCGUCUAGGAUCAAAAAGAGUGUUGUUGAGCUUCAGUCUGCUUUGAGAAGGAGCAAGAAGGGAGGUGAGUUUAGCUUCGAGAAUGAGAUGGAUGCUUACGUUGCGUCACGGAAAGUGACCAAGAAAGAGAUCAAGAAGUAUAUGGUAAUGUCUAAAGAGACAGACGCUUGUUUGGAGAGUUGUGUUUGGCGUGGUGGUGAGGAUGAUCAAGAGAUGAGUUCUUUGGUUAAAGUGAUGCAAGAAACAAGCGUGAUCACGUGUUUUGUCUUGCGCACGGUUUUGUCGUUCUUGUCGUCGCCAAAAGGGUUAAAGAAUAAGAGUCAUCAUCAGCACAAAGGUUGGAGCAUUGUUAUGAAGCUUGUGAAGAAAGGAAAAGAUCAUCACAAUCAUGAGAAAGGCUUUUCUUGUCUCGAGCUUGAAGCUAUGGAAGCUGAAAUAGAGAAGCUGGUUGUGACCACGACAAAGGAGGAUCAAGAAGAGGAGAAAGAGAUUAGUGAGGAAGUUAGUGAAAGGAUUCAGUGCUCAUUGGUUAGAUCCAAAGAAGUUGAGGCAGCCAUGGAGGAGGUUGAAGAGGGACUCGAAGGAUUGUUCAAGGUGAUGAUACAAGCUAGGGUCUCUCUUCUCAACAUCCUAUCCACUUAA